AUGAAGAAGGCUGUCUCGAUGGGAUCUAUAGAAGGAAGAUCUGUGAUAGAACUUGACAAUGUGAGCCUACUUAGUUCUUCUUCAUUUCCCCAAAAAAUAUUAUCUUGCAAAGAAGAUUCAUCCAUUGAUCAUGAUUAUGGAAAGUUAUUGCAAGAUGUAAUAAGAAGUAAGGUGUUUAGUAGCAUAAAAGUUGUAGUUCUCUCCAACAAGAUAAACUUGCUCAUGCCUUUUGGCCCCAUGGCAAUUUUGGUAGAUAAAUUGUUUGACAGUCAUGGUUUGGUCUUUCUUUUUAGCUUAUUAGGCAUUAUACCUUUGGCAGAGCGUUUGGGCUAUACAACUGAGCAACUUGCUUUCUUUACUGGACCUGCAGUUGGAGGUCUUAUAUAUGCUUCAUUUGGAAAUGCAACUGAGUUAAUUAUAUCAAUUCAUGCGCUGAAAAAAGGCUUGUUUCGUCUAGUUCAACAAUCAUUACUAGGUUCAAUUUUGUCGAACUUGUUGCUACAAAAAUUAAUCUUAACUGAUUAUCAGGUAGAUGCUACUGUGGAUUUUGGUUUACUAUUGAUGGCAGUAAUGGGGUUGUUAUUUCCAGCAUUCCUCAAUGCUACACAUACAGAAUUAGAACAUGGAAAAUCUGAGUUAGCUCUUUCAAGAUUUACUAGUUGCAUUAUGCUUGUGGCAUAUGCUUCCUAUAUAGUGUUUCAAGUGAAGAUUCAAAAGAAUUUACAAGUUUUAGUUGAUGAGGAUAGGGGUCUCAAAGAUGAUACUUUAGAUGAGGAAGAAGCUCCUGAGAUUUCUAUGUGGGAAUCAAUGAUAUGGCUAUCAAUUUUAACUGGAGGUAUAUCAAUCCUAUCAGAGUAUUUGGUUAACACUAUAGAGGGGGCAUCAAAAGAGUUUAAAAUGCCCAUGACAUUUCUUAGUGUUAUUAUUCUUCCUAUUAUUGGGAAUGCAGCAGAACAUGUUGGCUCGAUUAUGUUUGCUGUCAAAGACAAACUAGACAUAUCUUUGGAAGUGGCUGUAGGAUCUUCAACACAAAUAGCAAUGUUUGUGAUUCCUUUUUGUGUGGUUGCUGGAUGGAUGAUUGAAUGUCCUAUGGACUUGAAUUUUCAACCUUUCGAGACAACUUCACUUUUCAUGACAGUUAUCCUAGUUGCCUUCAUAUUGCACAAUGGAACUGCAAACUACUUCAAAGGAAUAAUGCUCAUUCUAUGCUAUUUGAUAGUUUCUGCAAGCUUUUUUGUCUAUAUUGAUCCUACAUCUAUUGGUAAGUAA